AUGAUGCAAGUUCCUUUGGGAAUGCAGCUCAUGCAGAUACCAACUCAAGGUGGCGGCACUGUGACUGUCCCUUACUCUAUGAAUGCUAACGGUGAAAUUGCGUUCAGUGGAAUGCAACUCAGCCAACAAGGCUUCAGUGGUGCUCAAGUGCGCCAAGGAUUCGAUGCAACUCAAGCUCGAACUCCGCAGGUUGUGAAGACUGGCUAUUAUGAUGCGUCAAAUGUCUUUCACAAUGCUAUCAAGGGAAAGGAUGAGAAUGGCAAUGAUGUCUACCUUAUUCCAUGUCCUACUGGAACGACUAACGUCGAACUUCAAGCGGACUGGAAAAAUGCUAGUAAAAGUGAAGACUUGCCAGAUCUUGCUACUGAAGCAGAUUGA